AUGUUGUCUCAUAAUACAGUUUUGUACAGUCGGCCUCAGUUCGGAUUGCAGGCUGCAACUCGCCUGGGUAACAACUCUGGUACCGCGUCUGAGUCCGUUACAAGGGCAGGGAAGAGAAAGACAAGUGGCAAACGAAAGGCACUCAACCAGUGGGAGGAAAGAUUUAUAGAUGUCUUGGACUCAUUCUCUCAGAACACAAAAGACAGCUUGAAUGUGGUUGCAUCUAGGCUUGGGUUCGAGCACGACGCUGAAAAGAAAAGGAAUGCAAUAUUUGAAUCAUUAUCUAAUAUGCAUUUCCUGUCCACCGAGGCUAAAAUGGUGGUCACAAUGCGUUUGUGCAAGAACCCAGAUGAGUUGUCUAUGUUUUUCAGCCUCAGCCAGGAUAAUCAAGCUGUGAUGGUGAAAAUUAUGCAUGAAGGAAGAUUGUAG